UUCGUCUUUGUUCGGAUCCUUUUAAGUGGAGGGUGAUCCACCUGUGGCGUUCAACAGCUUGCAAGCUACAUUUCUUCCCAUUUUGUGGGCGCUUACAUAAUUAUUCGGUUUCCACUGUUUGCCCGACGUGCAAACAAGAUACGGAUGAUUAUGUUGAUACGAGAUCAAAUAUUUUCGUGAGAGGGCGCUAUUCAGGUUCUGCACACGUGCAUACAGUUCGCAUCAGUGGAGGUAAACAAGCGGUAAGACAGGGGUAGUAAGACAGGUCAUACUCCUUGUUUUCUCCUCCAGGUGAAGUUUUUAAAAACGUAUGGCAGUCAGCCAGACGAACCGUUUCCUCUUCACCAGGAUCUUGUCCAAUUUCCCCAGGGACAUGACGAUGGCGUUUGCCUACGGGUCUGGCGUCUUCAAACAAAUCGGCAACAGGGAUAAGGACAACAUGAUAGACUUCAUCUUUGUGGUCGGCAAUGCUACAGACUGGCACGAGCAGAACCUGAGGCGAAACCCUGACCACUACUCAGGUCUCAGACUCCUGGGAGCCAGAAACAUUGCCAGCAUCCAGGAGAACAUUGGGGCAUCUGUGUACUUCAACACCCUGGUCCGGUGUGAAGAUAGAUUAAUCAAGUACGGUGUUGUCAGUCGGGCCAGCCUGAUCAAAGAACUCAUCAACUGGGAUACGCUCUACCUCAGCGGCAGGCUACACAAACCAGUCAGCAUUGUGCAACGGAGCAGUAGCAGAAAACUGUACAAUGCAAUACGCCGGAACCUGCAAAGUGCCUUCUAUGCCAGCCUGCUGCAACUGCCCGAGUCGUUCACGGAGGAGCAGCUGUUUUUGAAGAUUGCGGGCCUGUCGUACCAAGGGGAUUUUAGAAUGGUCUUUGGGGAGGAUAAAAACAAAGUCAGCAACAUCGUGAAGGGCAACCUGGACGGUUUCAGGUCUUACUAUCACGACAUGCUGGACAACACAGAACACAUUUACUGGGACCAAAAGAACAGAACCGUGGAGCAAGACAGGAGUCCCGCCUGUCUAUUUUCUCACCUGAGCUGCCUGCCCAGGAACCUGCAGCUGCACACAGCCCGAUUGGCUGGCGGCGCAUCACACGACGUAGGGGAGGUACUCCAGAGAAUAGCACGGGAGAAAGAAUGUUCGAACCUCGUGGCAAGAGGUGCGAGAAGUAUUGUGAGGACCUCGAGCAUAACGCAGAGCAUUAAAGGUAUCUUCACAGCCGGAAUCCUAAAGUCUGCCAACUACAGUCUGCAGAAACUUGCGAAGAUGUGGAAGGGAGGACUGCUGUUGCCAAGGUGAUGGCAAGGUCAAAGGUCAUCACGCCACCACGUUUGCUCGGGGCUUAAGAAUCAGGGAUUUUGUAGCCAGACCCUUUGAAACUGCCUUUUUUGUCUCCUGCAGAAUAGAUUGAAGUUCGUACCAUGUAUGCCCAGACUUAAGGUGAUAAAUUCUGCAUGUCAGAGAUCAGCAUGCAGGGAGACACUAAGAGUAUGUGCGAUUUUUGUGAUGCAAACUUGUGUUCAAAUUAAAAUAAAAACCAGAAUAUGCAGCACCUGUCCAGGUUGACAGACCUUAUCAAACAAAGCAAAGAAUAAAGGUAAAACCAACCUGUUAAAUGCUUUGCUUUGAAAAGUUAAAGAUCAACUCAGGUGAAUGGUUGUUGAUAGUGUCUGCCUUCAGAUUCUCCUGAUCAGUCUUCAACAUUCAUUUAAGACUGUCCAAGUGCAUCUCUAUUCGCUUAUUACGGAUACGCUUUACACUCAGAUGCUCAUUCCACAAACCUGAUGAAGUUUUUAAAUGAUUAUAAUUUCUUUUUAUUUCAUAAAAACAGAUACAAAUUCCAUUUCAAGAAUUGGCUCGCCAAUUUACAAGUAUUCCAGUCACAAUAGCAGUUAACAGUGUACAGUUUUGAAUGUUGUUGUAUCACAAAAAUAGUAGUUGAGUUCAUAAUAGAGUUGCCGCUGAACACAACACUUUUAGACCACCUGUUUCAACCAUAGUACCUUGCAAAUAUUGUAGACUCUGCCGUGCAAGAAAACUCUGAGAAACUCUUUCAUAGGUUCAACUCACAGAGGACAAACUGCAUCCAGUUUAUACACAGCUCUCUUUACUAACAAGGUAUUUCUGAAUCCAGGCAAAUAGUACAGGCAGAUCCCCUGUGUACAUGCUCGUUAAGACACUAGUUCUUGUACAGUGGUUCUCACAGAACUUACAAUUCUGCCAUGGUUUGAUUGUUGGAUGGAAAACGGGUAUGGAUCACUGGCGGCGGAAGGGGGGCGUGAAGGUCCUAAUGGAUCAACCUAUUAAUGGAAAGACUGAUGCCCGAUGGUCUAACUGCCCCCUACCCACUUUGAAAACUGUUCCGCCGCCGCACGUACGGAUAUGUUGGGUUUAUGGAUCUUGUUCCUUGUCCCUAAAUUUUUACUGAUUUUUUUUUUCUUUUGUCUUCAGAGCAUUCAAAUGGAGUUUCCAAUGCAAGCGGGGCCCUCACCUCACUUACACUUGACAUUACAAACACCUGUGUGCCUGUUACAGUCGAACCUUGUUAAUAAGAGGUCCUUUGUACUUCGAAAAUUACCUUGUUUCAACAGGAAACUUGUAUUAUCAGGAAUGAAAACAAUGAAAACAAAAGGAUUGGGACCUGACAAUUUCCUUGUCUUUAGCAGAAUCUUGUAUUAUUAGUGCAUUUAUUAACGAGGCUCGACUGUAGUCUGUUGAGGCGUGGAGGUCAGAAUACUGCCCAAAUACAGAUUUUGGGAUACCGCACAUUACUGUCCUAAUACCUUCAACCCCAUGUGUUUUCUAGUGUUGGUUUCCUGAGAAGAAUGAGCUAGUUGAGGCGCUUGCUUGCACAAGUCUUGCAUGAGUUAGUACGACUAAUUUUUGUUCUAUGCGUAUUUGUUACACACCCACCGAAAAUCUCUCAAACAAUCAGUGUGAUAUCUUUGAGUUGUUGUGAUCACUUUCCACCUACUUUGAGGGAAUUGUAGAAGUUGUACUUGCUGUGCAUUUAAUGGCAUAGAAUCAAAUUUGUCAUUAAGGUGUCAUGCUGUUUAAAUGACAAACAGUGACAAAAGGCAUUCCUUUGUCACUUUCCAUUUCUCUUGUGGUUUACUUCGGAUAAUGAAAGAUGCAUUUAAUUGACGGGGAAAAAAUCUGAUAUUACAUAACUAUAGCACCUUUUUUAUGUUGUAAGGCUCAUACUUAUUGAAAUGAAAUCGAAAUUUUUCUAAAGUGUUCUUUAAAUUAUAUGAUGUUGAUGAGUAAA